GUUUUUUUCUGCAAAUUGCAAAAUGUUUUCCUUUUGGCGGAAUUGCACGGAAUUGCACGUAUGUGAUGUAACGAGCGGUAGAAAAACACUUAUAUGCAUAAGGGCAGAGCUUCCUUUUCCUCUCAUCGUGUUCAUCAAGAAACAGAGAAAAAGAAUACAGCCCCACCUCUAUAUCCAACCUCGCAUUUAAACACUCAUCACGGACUUGCCCACAUGGACGUGGACGCCGCAAAAUGCACCAGGAAGGCCUGCACGACGUGUUUUUGUUUUUUGUUUUUGCUUGAAGCAAAAGUGUUUGUUCAACAGCCUGCUGUUUACGGAGGAGCAUGAGGCAUGUGGUUGCUUAUGGUCUCUGACCCGGCUGUUCUGACCCCUGACCUUCAUCACUGCUUAUUAUAAGAGGAGAGAAAAAACACAAGUGCCUCAGGAAAGGAAUGUCUCCAAAUGCAUCUCAGUUGUGGGAGGGGUCUAUGGUCAACUCCUCCCCAUCGUGUGGCCAUAAUCUGACCAAAUGGGAGCACCACAUGGAAAAGAUGUACACCUACUUCUACCUGCUGCUCUUCAUCCCCGGACUGGUUCUCAACUCCACUGCCCUUUGGGUUCUCUGCAGACACAUAAGGAUCUAUUAUUACUUCACACACACCUGGCCGUUUGGAAAGAGUAUCUGCUUGUUUUGCUUCUACCUCAAGUACCUCAAUAUGUACGCUGCCAUAGUGUUUCUGGUGUGCAUAAGCGCCCAGAGGUGCGUUUUUCUGCUCAACCCGUUCUCUGCUCGGAAGUGGAGGAGACGCUACGACCUGAUGAUCAGCCUGACGGUGUGGGUACUGGUCAGUCUGGCCUGCUCGCCAUUCAUUCUGAUGCGAAGCAGUAGUGCCUCAAACGCAUCACUCAACAUCACUGCACAGAAUAUUCACAACACGUCUGUUUUCCUGGCUGAUCCAUCAAAACAAAGUCCCACAGGAACCACCAAACCGUAUCCGCCACCUUUGGGUUCAAGCCUCAUCAGACUCUCAUCGAUGCCCAGUCCUCAAUCCACAAAGGUGGGCUGUUUUAAAGACUUGCCCAUGCGGCGUCUGCCCAUGUCCAUGGCCGUCACCAUGAUGGCUCUGGCUGAGCUCUUUGGCUUUGUCAUUCCCUUGGCCUGCAUCACCUACAGCUCUGCCCGCAUCACCUGCUCCCUCAACAAGAAGAAGACGGAGGGUGAGCAACAAUCUGUGGCUCGCUGCCGACUUCAGUCGGUUACUUCGGGCUCUGAUAUCGAUCGAGUCCAGGAUAAGCAAACGAACGGCGAUAAGCGGCGUGCGCUGCGGAUGGUGCUGAGCUGCUGCGCUGUCUUCAUGCUCUGCUUUGCCCCCUACCACAUCAACUUCAUGCUCUACCUGAUGGUGUCACAGGACAUACUGACCCACUGCACCACCCAACUGGUGGUACGCCAGUUCCACCCGCUCUCUCUCUGUCUGGCCAGCCUCAGCUGCUGCCUGAACCCGCUGCUGUAUUAUUUUCUAACGGCUGAAUUCAGGCUACACCUUAAAAAGCGCACCUCCUCCUUCUCCUCCUCCCAUCUGUAUUCACCGGUUGCUUCCCCGACGCAACGUCUGCCACUUCACAGACUAAUGAGUGAGGAAAGUACCUUCUCAGACAGGGAGUAGCUUCAGCUGUAGCUCGACAAAGCUAACCUGGGAACGGAGCGAUGAACAUGAACAUCCUGACGAACAGGUUGAUGAAGAAUUGUCAAGCCCCCCCCCCCACGUCAAACACACCUUCAAAAUUCCACCUAACCUAAUGAAACUACUGUUUUUCCUACAAUAUAGAUAUUCUCGCUGAACAAAGAAAAUAAAGUGAGCGUUGAAUUGAAAUUAAUUUUCCCUGUUGCAUGUAUUUAUUAUUAUAUUCAUAAAAAAGGUUCUUUAACUGACUUUUUUUAUUAUUUGUUUCACAAAUUGUUGAGAAAUCCCAAAUAAAUGACAUAAAUGUGGUUUAGGUCAGAACGGACUAAAUAAUAAAAACUAGCACACAACUAG